CGAUAAACAUUGCAGAUAAUUUGGUAACACUUUUCGCGGCAGGAAUGACAAUACAAUUUCACUGUGAAAUAAGUGAAUAUUAAAAACUUUUAAUUAAACAACAGCAACAUGGCACGUCGUUAUGAUUCGCGGACAACCAUCUUCUCUCCAGAAGGCCGACUAUAUCAGGUGGAAUAUGCUAUGGAAGCUAUUUCUCGCGCUGGCGCUGCCUUAGGUAUACGCACUGACGAUGGUAUAGUUAUAGCUGCAGAAUGUCAUACAACAAGUCCAUUAUUAGACAAUGAUAUCUUUCAGGACAAAAUUUACAAAAUCAAUGAUCAUUUAUGUGUUGCUGUUGCUGGUAUUACAUCCGAUGCCAAUGUUUUGGUAAAUGAAAUGCGCUUAAUUGCUCAACGUUAUCAAUAUAAUUAUGGUGCACCAAUACCCGUUGAGCAACUAGUCUCACAUUUGUGUGACAUUAAACAAGCAUACACACAAUAUGGUGGAAAACGUCCAUUUGGUGUAUCGAUACUUUACAUGGGUUACGAUAGACGCCAUGGAUUUCAACUCUAUCAAUCAGACCCUAGUGGCAAUUAUAGCGGCUGGAAUGGCACCUGCAUUGGUAAAAGCUUUGGUGUAGCUAUGUCCAUGUUAAAGACAGAACUUGCAAACCGUUAUGAUAACGCCGAAAAUCCUCUUACAACUGAAGAAGGUAAGAAAAUCGCUAUCAAAGUGCUAGCUAAAAGCAUGGAAGGCAUUAAUGCAGAAAAAGUGGAAAUGGCAGUUACCACAUUAGGGAGUAAUGGACGCCCUAUAAUUAAAAUGGUCCAAAAAGAAGAAAUUGCACAAUUGAUAACUAAACACAAUGAAGAGGAAGAAGAAAAGAAAGCGUCGACGUCAGGGUCAAACUAGAAUUAGAUAUUCGAUUUUUCUAUCUAAUCUAUUUUAUGUUUCGGAAUUAAACGGAAUUAUUAAAAGUAAAAAUAUCACUCAA